AUGAAUUUGAACAAUGGUGAAACUCCGACAGUUAGAGGACAGAGCAGGAAUGGCGCAGGUGGCAGCUUGGAAGAUAAGAAGACACUUAUGAAGCCCUCAACUCCAACUAGGAAACCUCAACCACCCAAACCUGAGAAUGCCAUCACUAUCGCUGUGUCGUCACGGGUCCUUUUCAACAUGGAGCGGGAGCAGCAGAUCUACGAGCAGCAAGGCAUGGAGGAAUAUCUCAAGUAUCAGCUGGAGCAUGAAAGCGAGCCUUUCAGUCCUGGCCCUGCCUUUUCCUUUGUCAAGGCUUUGGAGGCUGUCAACAGUCGACUGCGGGAACUUUACCCACACAGUGAGGAGCUGUUUGACGUGGUGCUCGUGACAAACAACCACGCAUACGUGGGCCUCCGGCUCAUUAAUACCAUCAAUCAUCACCACUUACUCAUCGAGCGCUUCUGUAUGACCGGAGGAAACAGUCCCAUUGGUUACUUGAAAGCCUAUCAUACAAAUUUGUAUCUUUCAGCUGACUCAUCCAAAGUGCGAGAAGCUCUGGCCGAAGGUAUUGCGGCAGCCACCAUGUUCACUCCUGAAAAGAUGAAGGAAGUGUCGGAGACUCAGCUUCGAGUCGCCUUUGACGGCGACGCUGUCCUCUUCUCUGACGAGUCAGAACGCAUUUUCAAGGCCCAUGGACUGGACAAGUUCUUUGAACAUGAGAAGGCUCAUGAGAACAAGCCUCUGGACCAUGGCCCACUGAAGGGCUUCCUGGAGGUUUUGGGAAAACUACAGAGGAAGUUUUUUGAAAAAGGCCUACGAAUGGACUGCCCUAUUCGCACUUAUCUGGUGACGGCACGCAGCGCUGCCAGUUCCGGCACCAGAGCCUUAAAGACUCUGCGGUCGUGGGGCCUGGAGAUUGACGAGGCUCUCUUUCUAGCAGGAGCGCCUAAGGGCCCCAUGCUGGAGAAGAUCAGGCCGCACAUUUUCUUUGACGACCAGAUGUUUCAUGUGGAAGGGGCGGCCGAGCUUGGCACAGUGGCUUGUCACGUUCCUUACGGCAUUGCCCAGAGACAGGCAAAGAAAUGA